AUGCAAGAGGCUCUAAAGCUGGGAAUCGGCGAUGUGGUGAUCCCUCGACUUGUUUUUGACGCCGUUAAAAACGGAGAAUGGACCAAACUGAUUGGCCAAGUCGGCGAACCAAAGCAGUUGUUCCCAGCGGACGGCUACGACGAGAUUAUUGCGCCAGCCUGCCUCUACGCUCUGAUACACAAUCGUUCGCCUGGCCCAAGGUCUCGGACCUCGCAAUUUAAUUUUCGUUUGGAUCUCUAAUAUUAUUUUUGGUCGUAUUUUAGGAAGCUCUUUUAGCAUAGAACAAUUAGACAUCUGAAAGCUUUUUCUCUUCAAGUUACAUGUUUUAAAUUCUCGCUUCAUAAAUUUUUGCCACCUUUCUUCAACUUUUGGUGCAAUUUUACUUUGUCGUCAUGGUUACUAUAACAAGAUCGUUUAGAUCGACCAAGACAAAAAAUGUUCGAAGAAUGUUCCUCGACGAAGGUGGCCCAGUGGUGCCAACUGCUAAUUCAACCCUCGAAUCGUUCUAUGGCCUCAAUUCGGAUGAUGCGUAUGGAGAUGCAAAUCGAAAACCAAGAGACGUAUAA